UGUGAGUAAAUAAAAUAUUUUUUUCUUUUAUAGAGUUUCCACAUCUCCAGCAUUCAUGUAGGCGCCAUGUCUUGUAACUCCCAGCCAAGAGGCCUGAAACGAAAACACCCAGAAGAUGAAGAGGAUGAAGAUCCUCCUUCUACUCCAAAUCAUCCACAGCUGAUGUAUAACCAAAGGAGGCAAGAAAUGCUUGAUCUCACAUAUGAAAAGCUCUGUAAGUUUAGGCAAACUCCAGACUCUAGCCUGUUUCGUUACGUUUUGAUAUUCAACACUAUGCGCAAUCUAGAGCAGGAACUGGAAAGGGAUGGCAUUAAAGUUGGUGGAUUCACUGGUGGACAUUUCCUACCUGCAGUGAACCACCAAGUGUCCACUUUGGACCCUCCACCAAAUACAAAUGGUGUAACUGAUGGAAUCCAGUCUGUCAGCUACCCAACAAAUCCUUAUGCCAUUGAUAUUGAAUCAAGAACUGCAACACCAUCUGUGAUAAACUCUUCAGAAAGUCCAAGUGAUAGCAUUUUUGGAAAUGUGAAUGGUGGAACAAAUUAUUCAUCUGAUUAUGAUAGGUGCUUGAUGGAUAUUGAUUGUCCCUCAUCUGGGCGAAUGACCCCUUUUGUUCGGACUCCAUAUGAACGUGUAGAAUCGGGUGCCUUAUGGACAGAUGACAGUGAUAGGCUUACUAGUCUUAACUGGAGCUCAGUACUUAACUUUAAUUCAGGUAGCCCUAACACUGUUAACUCUCCUUAUUCUGAAGCCGCAUUAGACUCUUCAGUAAUCAGUUGUAAUUAUGAUGCUUCAAGUAACAGUAGUAGUGGAUGUAGUGACUGUUCAGUUUCUGAUGAUACAGUGUCAGGUUCAGAAACGUCCCUUCAUACGCUGAUGCCAGCAAUUACUUUAAUUCCAACAAGCAUGAAUACAGUGGGUGCUUAUUCCACUAGUUCAUCAACAAGCCCAAAUGUCAGCUCGGUGUCAGGAAAUACAAGUCCUGCUUCAGGAUCAUCUCCAACUAGUAGUGAGGAUGAGAUUUUUGGAGAUGUAGAUUUAAAUUUGUAUGAUUACGAUUUCAUGCCAUUAUCUCCGCCCAAUGUCAAAAUGGCCCCUAUCAGUGCUGAAGAACUGAUGAGGUCACUUUCCAAUGACCAAAAACCUGAAGAUUCAAUUCCCACUAGCAAUUAUUAUAUGAAAGAAUUCUGUAAUGAUGAUAGGGAUCAUUUAACAUCUGUUCGUACAUGAUGUUAACAAAGUCUCAUGACAUUUCUUUGUUUGACAGUCUUGAAAUUUUAGCCAAUAUUUAAAAUUUGUACAAAUGUAAAUUUUACAUGUUUGCCACACUUCUCUCUACUGUCAUGCGUAACAAAACAAUUAAGUUAGCACAAAACUAUUUAGAUUUUUUUUUUUUAUCUUUUAUAUUUAUUUUCAUGCAGCAAAAUUUAUUUUUAAAUAUGUACUUAAAUAUUUGACUUAAGUUUUAAAAUAUGAAAGAAACAAUGUGCAUUCUAAACUACUUAUUGUGUUUUUAAAUUUUAUUUUAAAUGUGAUUAUCUUAAAAUUGCUGCAGCUUUCAUGUAUCAUUAUUUAAAGCAUAUCUGAGAAUUCAGUAAGUUUCAUUUCUACGUAAAUAACAACUCUAUUAAAAAAAUUAUUUAGCAAGAAUAAAAUUAUUUUCAUGCAUUUAAAAUUGAAAUGUUUAAAAUUUUAUUAUAGUUAUAUUUAAUGUUUUUUCUUACUAAGCAAUUUAGGAAAUGUAAGUUUUUCUAUCAUUAUUUAUUUAAAG